AUGGCCGUGGGCCACACGGGAGAAAGCCGGGAAGCCAAGAGUGCCUGCUCGGUGCCCGUGUCCGAGAUCAUCACCGUCGAGGAAACAGACAGUCACGGGAAGCCCCACGGCAGUGGGAAGUGGCAGAAGAUGGAACCGCCUUUCGCCUUCACAGUGCACUGCGUGAAGAGAGCCCGGCGCCACCGCUGGAAGUGCAUGCAGGUGACGUUCUGCGGAGCUGACGAGCAGCUGUGUCACCUGUGGCUGCAGACCCUCCGGGAGCAGCUGGACAAGCUGACGUGCAGACCGAAGCGCUUGCUGGUGUUCAUCAACCCGUUCGGCGGGAAGGGACAAGGCCAGCGGGUCUACGAGCGCAAGGUGGCGCCGCUGUUCGCGCUCGCCGCCAUCUCCACCGAGGUCAUCGUCACGGAACGUGCCAAUCACGCCAAGGAGGCCCUGUACGAGAUGAACAUGGACAGCUAUGACGGGGUCGUCUGCGUUGGCGGGGACGGCAUGUUCAGCGAGGUCUUGCACGGGCUCAUCGGCAGGACGCAGAGGAUCGCCGGCGUGGACCAGAACGAACCCCGGGCGGCGCUGGUGCCCAGCCAGCUACGCAUUGGCAUCAUCCCCGCGGGGUCCACGGACUGUGUGUGUUACUCGACGGUCGGCACCAACGAUGCGAAGACCUCGGCUCUGCACAUCAUUGUGGGGGACUCGCUGCCCAUGGACGUGUCCUCGGUACAUCACAACGGGGCCCUGCUGCGGUACUCGGUGUCCCUGCUGGGCUACGGCUUCUACGGGGACAUCAUCAAAGACAGCGAGAAGAAGCGCUGGAUGGGUCUCAUCAGAUACGACUUCUCAGGCCUCAAGACCUUUCUGUCCCAUCACUGCUACGAAGGCACCGUGUCCUUCCUGCCGGCGCAGCACACGGUGGGGUCUCCGCGGGACGGGAAGCCCUGUCGCUCCGGCGCCACGCAGAGCCCGCCCGAGCCAGCCCGAGCCCGCCGCGCCCAGGGUGCCAGCGCAGGGACCUUGUCGGGGCUCCUGGCUCUGAAGGAGGUGGAGGAGUGGAAGGUCAUCUGCGGGAAGUUCCUGGCCAUCAACGCCACCAACAUGUCCUGUGCUUGUCCCCGGAGCCCCCGCGGCCUGUCCCCGGCCGCCCACCUGGGAGACGGGUCUUCCGACCUGAUUGUCAUCCGGAAGUGCUCCCGGUUCAACUUCCUGCGGUUCCUCCUGCGGCACACCAACCAGUGGGACCAGUUCGACUUCACUUUCGUGGAAGUCCAUCGCAUCAGGAAGUUCCAGUUUGUGUCGAAGCGCGUGGAAGACGAGGACAGUGACCUCGGCGAGCAGGGGAAGGACGGGCCGCCCCAGACCUGCAGCCACCCCCCCUCCUGCUGCUGCACCGUCUCCAACAGCAGCUGGAACUGCGACGGGGAGGUUCUCAGCAGCUCCGCCGUGGAGGUCAGGGUCCACUGCCAGCUGGUCCAGCUCUUCGCACGAGGCAUCGAGGAAAGUCCCUGAGCCAGGACCACGCGGCCGAGACACCGUCUCCAAUCGCCCUCCUUCUCUCUGU